AUGAUUACUACAAUACCCAUUUCUCUUCAUUAAUCAACAGAUAGAACAGGAACUACUUAUAGAUUUGAAAAUCAAAAAUAAUAAAGCAUGAAUCUCUUACAAAGAGUUAAAUAACAUUUAUAAUAUAAGUCAGCAACAUUUAAGACAAAAAGGGAAUGUGUUAUUGAUUCAUAAUAAUUAGACAAACAUGUCAAUGAUGAAUUAAAUAAUAAAAAAUAUGUAACAUCUAUGGAUAAUGAUGAUAUAAAUCAUCAAAAAUUGAUUGACGAUUGUGUUAGAGAUAUAUUAAAAUUUAAUAAACCAGUGUCUAAUGAAACUGACGCAUCCCCAAUAUUCAGAGGUAGUUAAAGAUCAUCUUUUUCAUAAAUUGGAAAGAGUGUUCCUAAAAAUAGAAUCAAAAGAUUAUCAUCCACAAUUCUAGUAGGACAAAUGGUCAAAAACAAAGGANUUACUAAGAAAAAGAACAAAAAGAAUGUAUGAUUAAUUAUAGAUAAUAGCUAAGUUGUGUAUUAAAUGAAGGUUAAAUAUUUGGUGAAGAAUCAUUAAUGAGAUCAUUAGAAGAAGAUCCAAAAAUUUAAUCACCUUUAAAUAAUUAUAUUUAUAUAUAAAGAUAUUCAACUGUAAAGUGUAUGAGUAUAAGUGGAUCUUUAUUUAGAAUAUCAAGAAAAGACAUAGUAGAGAGAUGUUGGGAUGAAAUAACUAAAUUAUAAUUUUUAUCUCUUUUAAUCAAAUUAAAAAAUUUUAGAUUGAAACGAGUCAAUUCAUUAUAGAAUAACUAAGAAGUCAAUGAAAAUUUUACUGAUUUUGAAAAUGGUAGAAAAUUUAGAAAUAAUUCUACUUAAACAUAAAAAAAAAUUACUUUAGAACCUAUAUUUACUAAUACUUAUUUUUAGAAAUAUUUUGAAUAAUAAUAAGAGAAAUCUAAGUCAUCAAAAAUUGUCAAAACUAAAUUUUAAAUAAGAUUAAAUUCUAUUGAUGCAUUAUCAAAUUAAUAUAAUUCCCCAAAGAUAUCAAUCUAAAGAAAGGCUUCAUAAUUUCAUAAAUUAUUAUCACAAAGAUAUCAUAAGAGUACUAAUAAAUAGGAUAAUAAAUAAUUCUCAUUUGAUUUUCCAUCAAAUAAUAUUGGUUAUCAAUACUAUAAACAAUUUUUAACUAGUGAAAGAAUUAAAAGUUUGCAUUGCUGA